AUGGUAUUGGCUCGUUUCGACUUGAGGUAUGCAAUUACAUGCUCAUCUUUAUUUUCAUUUUUGUUGUGAGCAAGACUGGUGUUUUUUGGAAUUUCUAUUUUAUUUUUGUAUUUUUGUAUAGUUCAAAAUCAAGAAUUUCAGCUUUAGCUAUUGUUUUUCAAAAUUCUGAUUCAAAACUUUCAAUUUUUCAAAGCUUGAGAUUAGUGAACUCCAGGAAAAUCUGAAAUUUAAAUUUUAAAGAAACUUCUCCGGAACCUUCUACGAGCCCAAGUAACAAUUUAUAGAUAAAUUGAAAUCCAUGUGUCAAAAUCUGGAAUUUGAAUUCACAGAUUCAAAAUUUCAAAUUCCUGAAUCCGAAUUUUCGAAAUAUUUAAAGAAAAAUCUGAAAUUAUCUUCCGAUAUUCCGAAAUUUCUAUUUUCUGACCUUUGCGGUUCAUUUUGCUCUACAAAAAAAUGCUGCGACAAAAACCAACAUAGUUCAAGUAGGUAUCAAUGCACAGUAUUUUUUGUUCAAUUCUCGCUGUUUCUUUUCAUUUCAUUUCAUUUCAUUCCAUUUCAGUAAUUCAAAACAAAAAUAAACAACACUUGAACCAUACCUAAAUACUUUUCUUCUUUCGUUUUCUCUCCGCGAUUGUUUUGAUACAAGUGGCGCCGCGUGAGCUAUCCCUUGUGUUUUUUAUGCCUCUACGGCUCUCGAGUACACCGAAAUCUCGAGGUACUGUGUGUGUGUUUUUUUUUUUGUGAAUCUUGUUGUCGGUCAGUUUUACAGGUAAAAGGAAAAGGAAAAUGUGACUAGUAUUGACCAAUUCAAUUCAAAAAACGAGGGUUAUUAGUUUGCUCACUUAUGAAGCAUUGUUACAUUUCGGUCAUUUUUUUUUUGAACAAGGUUAAGAAAAUAUUUUGGUUUUGACAAGAAUGUCCAGUUAUUUUCCAAAUUUUUCUAAAAUUGGAAUUUUUCGGGGCUUCAAAUUUUUCAGACUUUUUUUGGAUUCUAAAAAUCAUGCUUCUAUUGAUAAUUUUGAAAAUUUUUAGCCCAAAUCCAGGACUUUUCCGGGUUUUUCACAGAGUUUUCAAUAGCUCUAGAAUCUUCAGAAUGUUUUCCGAUCUUCUGAAAAGUUCAAAAAUAUUCCUAGGCCAUCUUCAGAAUAUUUUACGGGCUUUCCAGAAUACUUUCGGCUGUUUCAGAGUCUUUCCCGGCCUUAUGUUAGAAAAAUAAGGCAAAUUUUAAAAUUAAAGAUCUUUUUUUUAAUUUGAAUAAUCUGCAUUACAACUUUUGUGAAAAUAUUUUCCAAAAGCAUUCCAGCUUCAAAAAUUUUAAAAGAUUUUUUUUCCCAAAAUUUUAGACUAACUCUUGGGUUUUUAGAAUUUAAGAGCUGUCUGCAGUUUUGAGAUUCUGGAUUCCCACCUCUGAAAUUUUUUGAAGUUGUUCUAGAGCCUCAGUCUCAAAUUUCUAAACCCUCCAAAACAUUUUUGACCUUUGAUUCCAAUCUCCCUCAAUCUCCAUACAAAAAUCACCACACUUGAAACCAGAUCAAGGUUUGAUCAAGAAAAAGCAAAAACGCGUUCAAGAGUUUCCAAAUAUACAUAUCUUUCUCUCUCUCUUAUUUUCGAUAUCAAAUGAUACUCUCCAAAAUUGGAGUCACUCAUCUUAUUGGGGCGGCGCGCUCAGACACACAAACACAUCCAAACUUUUUCGCACAUUUCGAUACUUGAGAUGAGAAAUCGUGUUUAGUGUCCACUCGUUUCGUUUUGGGCUCAUUUCAAGAGCACAUAUCAUCAUUCUCAUUAUUAUUUUUAUUUUGAGAUUGAUUUCAAUUUUCAUUUUCAUUUUUGUUUAGAUUCAACCUAGGUGUUCAAAUCCGUAUUUAAAUUUAUCUUGUUUUUAUGAGAUGCAAUCCAGUCUCGUUCAAACAAGAAGAAGUCGAGUCAAAUUAAGAAUUUGCAUUUCUGUUCUUCUUUUUCAAUCAACCAUAACUUGUGAAUACAUAAAUAAAUAAAUAAAUAAAUAUUAUAAGAUUCUUCCGCAACUUUUUCUCACACCACAAUGUGUGUAUGAGAAAAGAUUAGGCUUGUUUGUUUUGUUUGUUUAUGAAUAAUCUUAUUCCAAACCCAUCUCUGUUAUUUUGAAACCACCCCCUCCCCAAAAUCAAAUCCAAAACUUCCAGACCAAUCUACGCGCACAGAUCUCCAAUGGAUCGUCCGUCGGGACACACAUCCAAUAAUUUAGUCAGCAGAAUUUUACAGGUAUCUAGUUUUUUAUGGACUUCACUUAUGCAUCUAGAAAACUCAUCAAAUUCCAGGUAGCUUUGGGAUUAUUCGUAACAACAUCUGAUUUACCGCCAUUGCCACAAAAUCACGAAUUUUUGUCGUAUGAUUGCUCAUUUGAUACGGAUUGUAGAUGGUCGUCGGUUGGUGGGAAUGUUGAUAGAUGGAGGAUUGCUAGAGGGGAACCGGAUAGUUUAUUAUGGUUAGCUGCGACUGGAACUAUGCAAUUACCUAGUGAGUUUUCAGAGGGGGGGGGGGCAUUAGAGCCGAUAGGAAACAAGAUUCCUGAAUUUCAAAAUCUUGGAAUCAGAAGAUUUCAGCAAGUGUCAAAAAACUUUUAGAAUUCUUCUGAAACACCUCAAGUGAUUUUCAAAAAGUUCAAAUCAUUCCGAAAAAAUCUUGCAAAUUCUCUAGAAGAAUUCUAGUUUUCCCAAAUUUUUUGCAUAAUUUUCUAUUUUUGUUUUCAUAAUUUUUAAUAUAAACUCAAAAUUUUCAGAAAAAAACUCUUUUCCCAAGAACUUUUUUUGAAAAUGAAAAAUCUAAAAAAUUGUUCUAUAAACUUUCCUCCCUUCCCCAAAAAUCGAAAAAAAAUCGAACCUCUUUUUUCCAGGAGAACCGUUUGUUUUAAUUGAAUCCCGUGGAAAUCCAGUUGACUCUCUGAUGACCGACGCAAUUCGAUGUCAAAAAGGUUAUGCGGAUUUAUCAUUCACUUAUUGGGCUAUCGGAAAUGCUGAUCUCGAAAUUUGCCUAACUGAUAUUGAUGGUCAUAAAUUCAACUGUACUGGCCAACUCAAUUCUCAUGUGAUGCCUGGAAAAGUUUCUCUGAAAAUUCCUGAACUCCAAAAGCCUUUCAGAGUGAGUUCUCAAAUGAUCUUCUAGUUUUUCAAUCGCGGGAAAUUUUUUUCAGGUAAUGAUAUCACCAAGUCGAGAUGCUGGCGUGAUAGUUUUAGACGAUAUUCGAUACGACGCUUCGAUUUGUCAUAGUCCGCCAGGUGGAAGUGGAAGUGGGAGAGGUCGCCCGGAUUUUAUGUCGACUUCUGCGCCGAAGAAAAUUCAACCAUGGACUGUGAGAAAAACUAGUGUAGAGGUUACGGAACCGACAACUGAGAAAUCAACGACCACGAGUACAACGACCACGACUACGACUAAUGAAGCUCCGACCACGGAAGCUCCAUCAACCACAACUGAGGAAGUGUGAGUUUAUCAAUUUGAGUUGUCAGAAGUCAGAGAUUUUUUUGCUGAAACUCUCUAUGAUCUCUUUGGUCAAUUUUUGGAGACCUUGGAAAAUUCCCCAACUUCUGGUAACUUGAAGUUCAGUCACCAGAAUAUCGUUAUAACUUACGCUAACUCCAAAAAUCAAAAUUUUUCAGCUCACCCCUUGGUGGAACAGAAGCACCAUUUGAUCUUCUAAUCCUCGGCAACAAAACCAAGCCAUUAUUCGACCGAAGAACUGGUGAAGUAAUUUCCGAUGCAACAAAACUUCUAUGUGAUUUCAAUAAUGAAUUUGCUUGCCAAUGGGGUCCAGAAGCUGGAAGAUGGGCAGUUGUUGAAAAAGGAGCAAUCCCAUCUCUCGAAGAUUCCAUCGCUGAUCCAACACUCCUUCCAACAUAUCCAGCAGCUUUGGUUCUUCAAGGAACCGCAAUGUUGACCAGUGAUCCGAUCAAAUGUCAAACUGGAACUGCGAAGGUUAGUUUAAUUUUGAAACCUUUUUUAAUUCUUAUAAGAAACCUUCAGGUUCUAUUCCGAUAUUGGUCAAAUGGUGAUAUUCUUCUUCAAGUCUGCGCUUUGGGACAUGGAAAUAAUAGUGAUAUUAUUCAUUGUGCUGAACAAACACGAACUGUUAGACACGAACGAAACACUUUGGCUAUUUUUGAGAUGAAUAAACAGAUUGCUGAAGAAUUUACAGUAUGUUUUCGGGGUGGGGAUCUUGGGGAGCCUCUAUAUUUUUUAGAAAAGAUAAACCUAGAACUUUUUGAUCUAGGUGUUUUUUCUAGAAAAUCAUUCCAGAAAGUUCUGGAAUUUUUUUCCCUGGGUCUUUCUUAACCUUUUUUUUCCAGCUCAACAUUGUUCCCCAAUGGGAAGUUGGACUCAAAAACCGUUUCCUAGUUAUUGACGAGAUUGCCUAUAUCGGAGAAUGCAAAGGAAUCACCAAAAGAUCGGCCAACUACCACAACCCAACCACCAUUGAUUCUUGGAGGACGUAGAUCUACAAUUUUAUCAAAAUCAACAUCGACCACUCCGGAAGUGACUACGACGACUGAGUUGAUCACGGAACCGACUACUGAAUCUACAACAACUAGAGAAUCCACCACUUCGAGAACAACCACAGAAGCUUCUACAGAAGCUCCAACAACUGAAACAAUUGAAGAAGAGAUUGUUGGAACAACACCUGAAGAAUCAACAAUUCCUGGAAUCGAAGAAACCACUGAAAAUGGAGAAGAAGAAGUUGCAACUGAAGAAAUUCCUGAAGAAGUUACACCUGAAGAAUUGAUCGAAGAAGAAGAAACCACAACACCUCGAACAACGACUGUUGAAUUUAUAACAACCCCGGAUAAAUAUACAAAGAUACCGUACACCAAGAAAAAACCAUUUAUGCCGUGAGUUUUACACUACCCAAUCUUGAUGGAUGUAUGUAAUAAUUUUUAAAAUUGUAUAUUUCAGAAGAAUCCUGACAACAUUCGCUCCAGUUUACCCAGAAGAACUGUACACACAAAGACCAAAAACAAAUAAACAAACGUAUGUGGGAUUAAUUUUAUGUGAACGGAAAUAGAGAAAAUAUGAUUUACAGGAAAUCGACAUGGACUACAAAUCCUCCAGAAUCUCGGCAAGAUGAUUAUUGUGAACUGCUGAACUGCAAUUUUGAUGGUGAGCAGGAAUUUCUUGUUUUGAAUGGGAGAAAAGGGGUUUAAAAUUUGGAGAAUCUGAACUAUUACUAAAUUUAAAUAAGCAUCAAAAAUUCAUUCAAGUUCAAUUCAAAUCUAACAUUCAUAACUCAGAAUUUAAUUUUUCAAAAUUUUUCAAGCUGUUCACCAAAACCCCCCAUCUCCCUUCCAAAUUCCCAAAAUCCUUAUUCAAAUCUAUAUUUUCUUCAGACACCGCCUGCAAUUAUUUGAAUCACGGAUUGACCAAGAAACCAUGGACUUUGAGAAAUCGAGGAUAUGGAUAUCCUUUGACAGGAGCCACAGAUAUCCGUGCCAGUAAGUAACAACCAAUUUUGUAGUUUUUACUAGAUACAAUUUAAAAGCUAGGUGUGCCUAGGAUAUUAAAUAUAACCGUGCCAGUUAGUGAUAACUAGAUUUGUAUUCAGUACAAAAUACAUUCACUGUAAAAUAGCAGAACAUACAUAUUUUUCCAGCACAAACCAAUGGUCAAUUUGUCUCAUCCAUUCUUGACCCUGGAGAUAUUGCAAUUCUUGAAUCACCCAAAUUCAACGCCACAAAAUCGCUCAAUGUUCUGCUUUUCCAAUAUUUCCGACCAUCGCAAAUGACAACAAUCAGAUUGUGUUUAGGUAUUGAUAUAUUUUCAGUUUUUCUAGAAAAACAGUUUUUUGUAGGAUCGAGGUAUACAAAUCCGAUGCGAACAGUUUCCUCGUUCACACAAUGCCCAUCGAUUCUUCGAUCAGUGACUUCGAAAAAUGCAUAUCGGUGGAAUACUGUGCAUGUUCAAUUGCCCCCUGGCACAACUCAUGUAAGCUGUGUGGAGAAUUCUGGAAUUUGAAUCGAGCUUUUUUGAAAAAUAACUCUUUGAAUAUUUUUAUUUUGAAAAUUGAACUUGGAUCAACGCAGAAUUUUCCUGAAAAUUAUGAGAAACAGAGUUUUCCAGAAGCCUUUCAAGCCACAUUCAAAAAUCAACUCUUAAUUUUCCAGUUCUACUUGGUUGCACACAACAGCGAACGAGCUGAACAACGAGCCGCGAUGGCAAUUGAUAAUAUGCGAGUCGCUAUUUGUGAUACACGUGGAUUUGCUCCUGAUUAUAUCGACGAAACGACUGAUUUUGGAAACUUUAUGCAAUUGCAAUAA